AGGCUGCGCACCUGCCCACCCUCGUGGCACGGCUUGAGGCAGCAGAAACCCAGAGGGUCCGCGCCGCCGAGCUCUCCAAGAGGGACAUGGCACACCAACAUAUGCACCUGGCCGCCGCGCCUCCUUUGCCUCCGUCUUCGCCUUCUCCUCCUCCCGACCCCAGCCUGCCGAGUCCUACAGCCGACAAAUUGGCCUCUCUAACCAGUCUAAACAUAUCCAAUGCAUCCUCCGUCUCCUCCACCUCACCUCCGUCCAUUUUCUCGAGCUCCUCCAUAGGCUCUGCUUCCCUCGACCUCAGCCAGCCAACCAGCUUAGACGCAAGCUCAAUGCCGCGCAGCUUCAUCGACCCGGCCAAAAGGGGCCCCGUCGUCUCCCAGACACCACGCAGCGCAAGCAAUGGUUCCAGCAGGGUGAGUUGAACUGUCCGGGGCCUACUUUGCCGGCCAUGGGGUGGGCGCUAACCAUAGAGCUGCAGCGGGUCACCGUCCGGUGCCGGGGCGUCAUCUUGAACCUCGACGUCGACCACGGCACGUCGGUUCUCGAUAUUAUCGUAGCUUUUUCAAACCAGAUUGCUCUGCAGAUCGACGCCGGGGAGACCUAUUCUCAGUCAAUCAAUGUAGACACUUGCAUGGCCGUCGAGGCCUUCACCCAGCUGGGUCUCAAGCGGCGUCUGCGCCGGUACGAGCGCGUCUGGGAUAUCAUGAACUCGUGGGACCAAGACAUGCAGAACAUGCUUAUCAUUCUUCCAGACAUUCCUGAAGUUGACAUGGAUCUUGACCUCGCCAGCGUCCCGCAUGAGCCGCCGGCUGGCUCUGUUCUCACGCUCUACCAUUCGCGCCAGCCCGGAAAGUGGAACAAGCGCUUCAUCACUCUGGAGGACGACGGCCAGAUAUUAUCCAAGAAAUCCAGACCGCUCCUCGCAGACAAGAGCAUGAAAAGGCUUUGCCACCUGUCCGACUAUGACGUCUACCUGCCGAUCGAGGCGCAGAUGAAGAAGCAGCUGAAGCCCCCGAAGAAGUACUGCUACGCCAUCAAAAGCCAGCAGAAGAUGACGGUUUUCAUGGACCCGACAAACUAUGUGCAUUUCUUCUGCACAGACGACCCCGAUGUGGCGCAGAGGCUGCACUCGUUCGUCCACGGUUGGCGGAGCUGGUACCUGGCAAACAUGAAGCUCCAGCUGCACAGCAAGAGAGAUCGGGUAUCGGAAAAGCCGCCACAAAUUGUCAUGGUCAACCACAUGUCCGAGAGAUCCUCGAGCCUGAGCGCCCGCAAGGCCAAAUUUUCCAUCGAAGAAACGAUUUAUCCAAGCACAAACCUCAAGCCUGUCGUCGACCCAAAGCGGUUCCAUAGGCCGUUCGGCAAGUUGGUAAGGGAUCCUACCCCGGAUGCUUCCAAGCAGCCCACGGUACCGUCGAUUUCGCUGCUCGAGGAAUCAAAAGCUGGAACUAUGGAGAAAGACACAUCCAUGAGCAGCAGCAAAAACAACGAGGCGGCGUUUGCAGCAGAUGGCCUACUUGGAAAUGUCUACCAGGAGCGCAAGCAGGCUCAGAUUGAGGAAGACAGGAAGAAGCAGGCUGCACCGAACCCCGCCGACAAUCCCUUCACCACCGGACCCAGCCUUUUGAGCCGUCUAAGCCUGGGAGCCAGCCUAGCAUCUCCAGAUUUUCUUGAGGGGCCACUCAAAUCUUCAAGCUCCGAAAUGAAAGGGCCGGACAAGACCGAGCCGUCAUCAAGUUGGUUCCCUUCGGCCCUCGAGCAUUCGGCCAAGCAGCGGGUUGUGGAAGCACCUGUUCGUCGCCUUAGCACCUCGUCCGGACGGUCAUACUAUACCGAUCGAGACCGCGAGCAGCGCCGGUACCAACAGCAGCAGAGAAACGGACCGCUCGUAAAUCUUACCCCAUCUUUUGUCGAGGCCCAGCAGUGGUCCCGCGAUGGACUUGGAAGAGGCGUGCGGGCCCCUCACGGCAUACCGCUCGUUGAUCUGGCCACGGGACCCGUGCUACCUCCUGGGUCGCGCAACUUGGAAGGUCCGCCCCGAAAUCUCGUUCGGCGGGACGCUCAUAGCGCCAGCUAUCCACCGCAGCGGCCAAGCACGAGCGAUGGCCGUCUUAUGCGGAGACCGACAUUUAGUGGAGACAGCUGGCAAAACAACCGGCCCAACCUUCCUCCAAUGCCACCUCUGCCAAUAUCACAGGGAGCCUUUGUUCGCGAAGGGACUGUCUACGACCGCCACUCGGGAGGCCCACCGCCGCCGAGGAGUGACGGUUACCGCCCGAGCACCUCAGGCGGCGGUCACGGCUACGCGUCCAGCACUUACUCCCACCGCCCGAGUACUUCGGGCGGCGGUCAGGGUUACGCGUCCAGCAUCCAUUCCCACCGUCCCAACACCUCUAGCGGCGGCGGAGGCCCGGGAUACCCGGCUAGCAUCAAAUCCCAUCAUUCUGCGUACUCGCCUCCAAACCCUGCCGACCGCGCUCACUCGAGUUCGGAUCCGAGGCAGAGAGAUAUACCUCCUCGCUACAACCGCGACAGGAGCGGGAGCUUCAGGCAAUGAUGGCUUGAAUCUCUCACACUAACUUUUUUUCUUCCUGGUUUCUUUUGUAAGAAAUGUGUAUGAGAUGUUCAUGACGGCUGAAUGGCAAAAACAAUCAAAAACGGGAUGGGUGGUUUUUUUCUUUCUUUCGUUCGGGGUUACAGUCCGGGGCGGC